GAUCAAACCACUAUGCAUAUGGCGGCAUUAUCCGCCUAAGGGUCUGGGGAUCUCCACACCUCACUAGGACCUCGUUGAUAGCCAAAGACUGCAAACAGCCAUUUGCCCAAUCAGUAGUCAUCAAUAGUUUAUCACGGUCGAUCACAAAACCGACGAGUAAUGGCCAGUCCGUUGUUACCCGACAAAACAACAGUGGGGGAAGUGCAAGGAGUGUCUCCUGAUCGUCUAUUGCUGUAUGGUGUCUAAAUAGACGCUGGGGCGGACCUCGACAGCAUGGAAUCUGUCAAAAUUGCAGAGCCGAAGCAGUUCAAAUCGUUAGGACAGCACAUCAUUGAAGCAGGAAGCGAGCGACCAAACGGUCAAGGAAAAAGAUGGAUCGCACAGUCGAACACAAGGAUUCUCCCGGCACCGUGACCCUCGUUGACGUUGCCGGCACCAUCCAUGCGAAACAUAGUCGACAACGCAAGGACAUUGUGCUUGAUCCAGCUCCCAGCGCUGACCCGGAGGACCCCUUGAACUGGAGUCCGGCGCGGAAAUGGCGUGCCACGCUGUGCGCCCUCUUCUACACGUGGUGUGUCUGCGUUUCUUCCUCGUCCUGCUUCUCUGUCUUCACACCGAUCAACGAGGCCAGUGGAAUCAGCUUCACCAAGCUCAAUGAAGGAACCGGCUACAUGUACUUGCUAUUCGGCUGGGGUCUUCUGCUUUGGCAACCGCUUGCUUUGACCUAUGGCAGAAGAGGUGUCUACCUGAUCUCGCUGUUGGGAACAUCCAUGAUCAACAUCUGGGCAGGGUAUGCAAAGGACAACCCCACCUGGAUUGCUACCAGAAUCCUCAUUGGGUUCUUCGGAGCUCCAAGUGAGGCGCUAUGUGAAGUGACAAUGGCUGACUUGUGGUUUACCCACGAGCGUGGAACAUAUAUGGGUCUGUACGUGAUCGCGCUAUACGGAGGUCAGUGGGGCGCUGUGCCCGCAGGGUUCAUCAACGACUCCAUGGGCUGGCCGUGGGUUUUGUUCUUUUGUGCCAUUCUCAACGCAAUCGGCUUCACAGCCUGCUUUUUCUUCAUGGAGGAAACCAUGUACGUCCGAAGCAGCCCGGCCGGGAUCGCCACUGGCAGCGCGGUUGCUGCUGCCGGCGCCAGCGACGACGAAACCGUACCGCGGGAGAAGAAGGGCGCCGAUGCUGAGACUGGUCUUGCUCAGGACGUCUCACCUGGCAAGACCUACCCUGUCCGAACAUACUGGCAGAAGCUGUCACCGUUUGUGCCCCUGAACGGUCGUCCUAACCACUUCUGGAAAAGAGUGCUCUCUCCCAUCCGCCUGUGGCGAUUUCCUGGCAUCCUUUUCGGAGGCUUCAUUCACGGCUGCUACCUCUGUUGGUUCGCGCAGGUCAAUGCUGUGGUCAGCAUUUUCCUUGGUGGUCCUCCAUAUAGCUGGGCUGCCGAUGUCGUAGGAUUGACCUAUCUAGCCGAGUUGAUCGGAACUUACCUUGCCGGAUAUUGCGCUGGGAAGCUUGCCGAUCUCCUGAGCAUUUGCCUCGCCAGGAGGAACGGUGGUAUCAUGGAACCCGAAUUCCGACUCUGGCUGUAUGCAACGGGUUGCAUCAUCACCCCGUUCGGACUGCUCUUGCUCGGCGUCGGCUAUGCCCACGGCUUGAGUUGGGUAGCCCUAGUGUUUGGCAUGGGCAUGAUCGGAUUCGUGGGACCAGCUGCCGGUUCCCUUGCAGUCAGCUACAUCGUUGACUGCUACCGGGAAAUUGCUGGAGAGGCACUGAUAGCCGUGAUUCUCAUUCGCAACACAAUGAAUUUUGGCUUCAAUUACGGCGUGACCCCGUGGCUGGACAACAUGGGAGCACAGAACAUGUUCAUUCUCGCCGCCGUGGUGGCUUCGGUCACGACCGCUUCGUUCUUGAUCAUGAUCAAAUGGGGUAAACAAUGGAGAGAGGCAAACGCGGCGACGUACUGGAAAUAUGUCAGUGAACGAGUGGACCAUUGA